AUGUUCAAAGAAGUACAGGAAGAUCUUAACAUUGCGUACUGGAGGUUCUGGCUGUGUGUCAGCGUGGUCUACGAGCUGUUCCUCAUCUUCAUACUCUUCCAGACCGUGCAGGAUGGCCGCCAGUUUCUGAAGUACGUGGACCCCAGGCUGGGGGUUCCGCUGCCGGAGAGGGACUAUGGGGGGAACUGCCUCAUCUACGACGCAGACAACGAGACAGACCCCUUCCACAACGUCUGGGACAAGCUGGAUGGCUUCGUGCCCGCGCACUUUAUCGGCUGGUACCUGAAGACCCUGAUGAUCCGCGACUGGUGGACGUGCACCAUUGUGAGCGUGAUGUUCGAGUUCCUGGAGUACAGCCUGGAGCACCAGCUGCCCAACUUCAGCGAGUGCUGGUGGGACCACUGGAUCAUGGACGUGCUGAUCUGCAAUGGGCUGGGCAUCUACUGCGGCAUGAAGACCCUCAAGUGGCUGUCCCUGAAGACGUACAAGUGGCAGGGCCUCUGGAACAUUCCGACCUACAAGGGCAAGAUGAAGAGGAUCGCUUUCCAGUUCACGCCCUACAGCUGGGUCCGCUUCGAGUGGAAGCCCGCCUCCAGCCUGCGCCGCUGGCUGGCCGUGUGCGGCAUCAUCCUGGUGUUUUUGUUGGCAGAGCUGAACACGUUCUACCUGAAGUUCGUGCUGUGGCUGCCCCCGGAGCACUCCCUGGUCCUCCUGCGGCUGGUGUUCUUCGUGAACGUGGGCGGCGUGGCCAUGCGGGAGAUCUACGACUNCGUGCCUCCCCCUGCAGGAAGCCACACAAGAAGCUGGGCCAGCAGGCCUGGCUGGUGGCCGCCAUCACGGCCACGGAGCUGCUCAUCGUGGUCAAGUACGACCCGCAGACGCUGACGCUGUCCCUGCCCUUCUACAUCGCCCAGUGCUGGACGCUCGGCUCCGUGCUGGUGCUCACCUGGACCGUCUGGCGCUUCUUCCUGCG